AUGUUCAUCCUGCACCUCAAGGGCAUCCCCGCGCGCCCAGCUGCUCUGAUCUCGCGCGAAUGCCUGGUUGUACGGACUUUGGCAGGAAAAGUCCGAGGCACGGUCCUUCAGUACAAUGUCAAAGGCACUAAAUACAGUACCGUCGCCUUCUAUGGCAUCCCCUUCGCAGAACCACCCGUAGGCCGGAACCGGUUCCUGUCGCCCAAAUGCGUGAAACCGUGGAACGGAACUUUCGAUGCCACGUACAAGAGGCCACCUUGCAAGCAGCUCGACACUCACUUCCCAAAGAACUACACCAUUGACGCAUCGAACACGACCGAGGAACUGCCUGCACAUCAACGUCUACGACUUCUACGAUGGCCGUUUCGUGUCCGGCCUGGGAACUUGGUGGUUGCGGCGCCCAACUACCGCGUCUCGCUCUUCGGCUUCCUCAACUCGGGCGCAGGACACGACGUGCGGGGCAACAUGGGUCUGCAUGACCAAGUGCUUGCGCUGCGAUGGGUGCGCGACAACAUCGGCCACUUUGGCGGAGACCCGAACAACAUCCUGGUCGCCGGGGCCAGCUCAGGCGCCAUUUCGCUUUCCCUCCUGAUGGCCAGUCCUCUGGGGUCGCUGUCCAGCUUCCGCAGAGCGUACCUUAUGAGCGGAACCAUGAACACGCCUCUGGUUCGCAACACGGGCAGCAAGGCGCAGGCCACUUUCGAAGCGAUUGCGAAAGCCGCUCAGUGUCUAUCAACUAAUGCGACCGCCGCGUUGCGCUGUCUUCAAGAGCGCGACGCCUCGGCGCUUCUCGAAGCCUCCAAAGGUGUUGCAAUACAACUCAUGCCGAGCCCAGAGGCGCCCCUGCUCCCACCGGGGGCCGUGAAAAUUGGCAAGCGCGACACAGGUCACCUAGAGGUUAUUUUGGGCACUACCUUUAACGAGGGCAUGUUGUUCUUCCAGAACGUGUUCCCGCAGUUUCAGGGCACGAAACAGGUGGACCCUAAGGAAACCAUCAAGGUGGCGAUUCAGGGCAUUUACGGCAAUGUCAGCGAUUCACUCGUGGAUAUCAUGAUUGCAGUCCUUAGAGAAAGCUACGACAUCGACGAUCCGGACUAUAAAGGCUGGGUCGACUUAAUCGGUGACGUACUGUUCCGUUGUCCAACGAAGAGUUUCGCGAUCGAGCUUGCGAAAAGCGGAGCGACGGCCUACUACCAGGUCUACGAGCCGAAGCCCUCCUUCACAGUGUUCGACGGUGACAGCGCAACGCACGGCGAAGAUGUGCUUGUAUUAUUCGGCGGUGCAACCUUUCUCUAUCCUGACCUCGCCACGGACGAAGAAAGAGAAACAACCCUUCGCAUGAUUCGCACCCUUGCCGGUUUUGCAACUAACGGGUAA